AUGGAUGCCUACGGGAGCUUCGCCUACCUUGUUGACAACCUUCCUCUCUGGAAAUCUAAUGCUCAGUCAUUGGCAGCCCAUGCCUCUCAGAAGCAUGCCGAGUUCGCUGCUGACUUUACUCGGUUAGUCCACCAGGUCAAGCCAAAACGCAAGAAGAGUGCCUCCGUCGCCUCCAUUCGAACCGCGAACGUGGAAGAAACCCAAGAGGAGCAGGAAAAUGAAGAGAGCUCAUUUCCCAACAAAACCGACAUCAACCCUCUUGAGGCCGGAAACAGAUAUCUCUAUGCACAGGUCAACAGAAAACAAAAGCCGGAAACUUCCAUCCGCUGUGGUGCGUCGGGGCCUCAGAAAUUCAGAAACAAGAAUCAGGUGGUCAUUUACUACGAUUCUCACGUGCAAGACGAACUGAAUACCUUGGUCAAGUCCAUCGGCAUUGGCCGGAAUAACCUACGAAAAGGCAAGAACUCACUCAGUAUGGAACGAGGAUUUCGACUCCCGCCCCUCAGGUCUGCACAGGAAUCGCCGUCCUUGAAUAACCUGAGAAGUACCACGACAAUCAUGUCAGGGAAGAAGGCUGUGGAGUCAUUAGUCUUGAAGGUGGCCGAUCCCGAUGAAGCCGCCUUUCUUCAAGUGGACAAGGAGCUUGAAUCAAUACAGUCCCUAUGUGAGACUGCCGCACACCAAUUCCUCCGCGAUGGAGAUUGUACCGCGGAAUUGAAUAAUAUACAGUUCAAGAUGGAAGCCGUCCUUCAGCAGGCCGCCUCCACCGCUGCAUCAUUGAAACAGUCGAAAGUGCAGCAGCAAGAAUUUGGCCCCGACUUGGAAUCAGAGGCUGAGUCCGCUCCUACCACCCCAGUAUCACGCGCGUACAACUAUCCUUCCAAGAGUUCGAAUAUUGAUCGAUCAACUUACGGGAUCAAGACGACUCUGAGCGAUAUGAGAGCCCGUGGGGCUUUCUUCGGCUCCCCUGCCAUUGCGGCAGACUCGGACACAGGUCUUAUGACCGACAGUAUCGAGGUCGACGAUGACAGUGACCAAAGCUCAGUCCAGCUGGAUAUCUCACAAUAUCGUUUUGCGAGAACAAGACGAACUCGCAUCUGA